AUGGCUAUUGCGUCUUCUUUAAAGGAUGUUGAAAUCUCGCCAUUAAAAUUGGCUGUCGUUACAGGCGCUUUCAUCCUGGUAUCCAUUAUCUAUCGUGUUCUCUCCAACCUAUAUGCGACACCUCUCCGAAGAGUCCCUGGACCCAAAUCCUUUGCGUCCUCAAAAUGGCGACUUGCAUACGAAGACUACAAGGGUGUCAGAACACAGUCCAUCCAUGCUUUGCACCAGACGUAUGGUACAUCUGUGCGCGUCGGCCCAAAUGAGCUUUCCUUUGCCUCUCUCUCUGCACUGAAAACGAUCUACGGCGCCGGGUCCGGGUUCGAGCGAACAUACUUCUACAGAAUGUUCGAUGUGUACGGACGCCAAAACUUGUUUACAUUUGCUGAGGUCAAGAAACAUGCUGAGCGAAAGAAACUGUUGGCUCACGCCUACUCAAAAAGUGCCAUGAUGUCACCCCACGCAAUAGCAAAGCCACUGAUUGAGAAGAACGUAAAAGACUAUUUGGAGCUGCUCGAACGCGAGAAGGGAGAAGCAGAAGAGAUCUUCCAAAGUCUGCAUUGGUUCAGUCUGGACAGUAUUACUGGGUUUCUUUACGGAGAUAAACAUGGUGGGACGGAUGCUGUGAGAGGAAACAAGGCUCACAGAGAUCUGAUCGGCGAUAUCCUUGACCCAAGCAGGCGGAAACUCAGCUGGUUCGCCGUGCACUUGGGCCCCUAUACCAAAUGGCUAUAUAGCAGAAGCGGGAGUACCGAGAAGCUGAUUACUAGCCUUGGGUUGCUUCCCAUGCAGAAACCUGCCACAUACACUGGCAUUCGAGCACACGCCUAUGAGUCGUCUACUGGAUUCGAGUUGUCUGCUUCUGAAAAGCCCCCAGUUGAGAAUCUCUCCAUUAUAGAAAAACUUUGGAAACAUCAGACCUCUGGGAAAGCACCCUUCCUUGAUAGCCUUGAUAUGGCCUCCGAAAUUGCCGAUCACUUCCUAGCUGGCAUUGACACGACAAGUGACACUUUAACGUUCGCCAUAUGGGCUUUGUCACGACAUGAGAACAAAGCGUACCAACAAAAAUUGAUUGAAGAGGUUACUCGCAUCCCCGAAACAGAAUGCGUCGAUGGCAUUCCCACCGUGGAAGCUUCCGACAAAUUGCCAUAUCUCGAUGCCAUUAUCAAGGAGACUCUUCGACUUUAUGCUCCACUUCCAGCAUCAGAGCCACGCUCCCUUCCUGUUGACACUAUAAUCGACGGCUAUAAAAUCCCAGCCAAUACGGUUGUGAGUAUGUCACCAUAUACGCUUCACCGAAAUGCGGAGGUCUUCCCAAAUCCGCUGGUGUUCAAGCCAGAACGUUGGCUCGGAGAAUGUGGUGAUCUUGUUGAAAUGAAGAAAUGGUUCUGGGCAUUUUCAAGUGGAGGUCGGAUGUGCAUUGGCUUGCAUCUUGCUAUGGCCGAGAUGACGACUUUGUUAGCUGCCAUCUAUCGGCGUUAUACAACGAGCGAGUAUGAGCGACAGCGAGGAGUCAGUCCAGGAGUGACAAGUCGGUUUGAGGUCUUCUAUGAUGAGACUCUGCCAAAAAUGGAGGCAAGUUGA